AUGUGUGAGGUCGCGCUCACUCACUCCCUCUCUCUGCUUUUUUCCAUCUCGUCUCAACCACCGCCAAGCACACGCACUCGGCACGAUCCUGGUGUUCCCUGCAGAAGGGGACCAAAGAUGGAGAAGGCGCAGGUGGAGCUCUUUCGGGCCAUAAAGUCCGGUGAUCUCACGAAAGCACGGAAGGCUUACGACAAGGGGGCGAACGUUAAUUGGCCCCUCGACCGCUGGAUCAUGGGCGGUCGCGAGCACUGGGGCCUAAGGGUGCAAGUAAAGCCGCUUGGAAUCUACCUGGGUUUCAGUGCUCGAGAGUCGUGGAGGGUGCCGGACGGGGAGGGCGCGAACAGGGGGGAUACCCUGGUCAUGGUGGCGCUAAAGUGCCGCAAGCAGGAAGAAGCGGCGUUUUUGCUUGGGUGCGAUCGGCUCAACCGAAACUGCCUCAACGAGGCCGGAAACUCGGUGGCCGACAUCGCCAGGGCCACCGGACAGGAGUUCCUGUUGACAGGGCGAUGGGGGGGUGCGAACCUUCCCCCGACAGUCCCGCAGCAAGGGCCGGGCGAGUGGGACGAGGCUCGGCCGGCGUGGGAGGAGCCGGGAGCCGCGGCUGGGGCGGGGGUGGGAGGAGUGCAGUACGCUUCGGUUGUCGCCGAAGCGGUACCGGCGGACGGGAAGGGGGGGGGUGGAGCGACGGCGGGGGGCGCCGUGGUUGCAACUGCGGUAGGAGACGUAGGGUACGCCCCCGCCACAACCGGACACGCUACGGCCGCCCCUGUGAACGUGGCAACACCGAUCGACCCAACCAAAGCUUGCCAUCUGCACCCCACAGGCCAACACCAACACCAACCCUCGCCUGCUCACCAACAACCCCUUCCACGCCAAGAAGUGUGCGCAGUUCUAGUUUGUGGACGCCAUGCGGGUGAUUCCCAAACAUUGCGCCAAUUGCCGCUACCCGCCAAGCGCAACGGGAACAUUUCAGACCAACGUCAUUUCGGUUCUAGAGUAGAUACCAAGAUAUGGGAGAUAUGGGUGUCAGCGUGUCAAUCAUGCUUGAGAGUGUUUCCCUCUAACCACUAUUACGCAUAAGACGUGCAGCCACCGUUUCCACACCAGGUGGCCCUGUAGAGUAGUGCAAAAAUCUUCUCCUUUGUAGGAGUCGAUCAGAGCACAGCAGUCAGCAGUGGUACACUCCGUACUUGCAUUUCUUACGCAAUUUUGGAGCAUCCGCACUUUCAGCACUCCUCGUAUGUACAUGUAAAGUAACACACCGACAGCAGUUAGACCAAGUUGACAACUCCAACGCCAAUCACCCUUCGUCUUGUGACUCGCUGCACUCAGCGUGGCGGCGUAAGCGGCAAAGCACCUCGUCGAUUAGGUUGCUGCGUAUGUGUCGUUAUCGGCCGAUGAUGAGAGAUCGGGACCUGGGCGUUUCAAUGUGUCGUGUUGGGCACCGGCGACCAAAACCGAGAGCGUGAAACACCAUCCACAUUUGGUAAUACGCUUGGUGACGCUUUGCAAACAUUUCUCAAACAACGAUGGCAACAGUGUCAACAAUGUACGUUGCAUCUGGAAGCCGAUCCCGGAGAUUUACCCUGCUGUUUGUUGGUCUGAGAGCUUGCUCGUGCUGCUCUCGAGCAACGCUUGGUACCAACCAUUAGGCGCGUUUGUCUUCCAUAACUCUCGCGUGAAAGACAGAGGAUACAGCAGUAGUAGCUGACAACAGCAGUGUUUUCGGGUUUUCGCGAGUACAGGCUCCAGCUAUCCCUUGAUAGAGGCGCGUUGACGGAAAGUUGUGUCGCCCCAGCACGCCGAGUGGAAUGCAGUCCCUAUCCAUUACCUCCCCCCCCCUGGAUGACGCGUGCUUGCGUUUGUGGGCAUUCCGGGGAAGGUGCUUGCGUACGCUGUUCAUUCCGAACGUGCGCCCCCAAGAUGUAUGCAUAAUAUGUGUUUGUCCUAUGUUUUCUGGCGCCUGCAGAAGUCCGCAUGAAAUUUUUGUCAUAUGGGCAAGUAAAAUAGGUUGCGAGAUGUGAGGUUUGUUUCGUCUUGCACCUUGCUUGCCACUCUUCCCUCUGCUCGUCGUUGGUCGAACAAACCUUAAACGCCCGCUUGCCCCUCGUCGUUCGUCGAUCCGUGGCGUCAGCAGCAACCCGACUGCACCGCCCAGACGAGGGCCUCGGCCGCACGCUGGCGGUACUUUCGGCACAGGCGCAUUCGGUGCAUUUUGAUAUGUAGAGGCACCGCCAAGAAGAAGAGAGGGUUGAAGGGUGGUAUCCAGAUUUUUGUACAUACAGUACAUACACCAGCAUCUCACCCAGCGCGAGCUAGCUGCUGAUUCCUUAUAGGCUGGAAUAGCAGCGGCGCACCCCCACCAAUUAUCUAGCUUUCUGGGUUUAGGCGUGCGAAGUGUUGAACGAACGCUUAGUCAGCGCGUGCCUGGAUGCAAGCCAAGGUUGUCCACCCCAACUUCUUGGUUUCCUUUGAGACCUUGUUUUCACGGGGGCACACGGUGAUCAUAGAUAGGGUGGAGGCAAUAUUGACCUAUCUAUCUACGUACUUAGUAAAAGGCUUCCGGACGUCACAGUAGUAGGAGUUAACUCGAGCGCCCGCGAUGUCGGUGUGCCGUAGUCACAAGCUUCUGAGGAUUUUUUCACUAAUAUUUUAGACUCAGCGACCUUGUGAUCUUUUGUGCGGGGUGCUCGCCCUCCUGGCUGGGCAGUUGAAAUUCUGGUGGAUGGAGUUGGUUUGCACUAUUUGUACGCCCGUCUGACUUGUGUGGAAGAAAGACCGGUAAGUUAGGCGGGAAAUGGUACCAAAUAAGCAAAUUAGGUAGUAGGUAUCUGUCUAGCUUGUGGUCAAGGGUUGUAAGAACGGCGCUAUGAGCUGGUGCUCUCGACAUUAAUUAGUACCAAGAGAAAUGAUGAUUGGGGUGCUAAUUUUUUAGCGCUACCUUGCUAGCGACACCUUGUUUUGGGUAGACUUCCAAGAUAACAACACGAAACAGGGCUGCUUGCUUGUGGGCCGUUGAUGCUUGCAGCUCCGGUCAAAAACCGUUGAUGCACUAACCUGGUCCUCUU